UAUCGGAAACAUGGUCACGCUGCUGUACUCUCCUCGGCGAGGUUUUAUAUUGUCAAGAUUUUCCAUCCAAGUGUCACAAUCCAUUUUGGGGCGCCAUGUUGUGUACCAAGUCAUGCCCUGAUACUCUGCAAGAGUGUGGCACGUCGUGUACUGAGAGCCUACCCCGGUCCCCUUCUGGCAGAUGUAGGUCUCUUCGGCCUUGAGUUCCGCGCAAAGACAUGCAACACGGCUCGCUUGAAUGUCAUGACGUCUCCAAUAGCUAUGCAUAGAAAACUAGGGGUAUCAUUAGGGAAGGUGGUUGAAACCAGCCAUGUAAAACGGCUUUCAAAUCACAUGAGUGGCGGUGUCCUAUCGUCUGCAAACCAUCAUAGGCUGCGAUGA